CGUCCGGGCGACAACAACACGCUGCAUGACGUCUUCGUCUCCAGGAAUCCGGGGGUCUGGGAGCGCAGUGGCUGCAGAGAUGAACGCCGAUAUCCGGAACGUCAAGGCGGACUACAAAUUCGAAUCUCGGAGGCUGUCGCACGACGCCGAUCGUGCGACCCGAAUGGACCGAGCGGCCCGCCCCGACGUGGCUAAGCUGCAUGACGGCAACGGAGGCGUCAAUCGCGACUACGCAGCGGAUGAUGGCCGAGCCUCCAGGAGUGUGGUCUGCUACAGGAAUGGAGAAGAGUGCGUCUUUCGUAAAGGCAGUAUCGUCUGUUACUCGGAGAACUGCGCAGCCAUCACCGACGAGAACUUGAACGAGCCCACCACGCUGCGUCUGAAACAGGACCUUAGCGGAGACGAUGAGCGCUCUUCUUCCUUAAGCGGCAGGCAAAAGCGCUCCUUCGGAACGACUCACGAAGAAUCGCUGCUGAAUAUCUUCAAGCAGGCGGCCGUGCCGUUCUUCCUUGGCGGACUAGGCACGGUGUUUGCGGGCCUGAUUCUCGACACGGUUCAGUUCUGGCCGCCGUUCCAGCACGUCACCGAGCUGUUCAUCGUGGUGCCUCCGCUUCUAGGCCUCAAGGGCAAUUUGGAGAUGACGCUUGCGGCCAGGCUGUCGACGCAGGCCAACCUGGGGAACAUGGACACGCCGAGGCAGGUGUGGGACAUUGCACUCGGCAACAUGGCGCUGGUUCAGUGCCAAGCGUGCGUGCUGUCCCUGCUGUCCUCGGUGUUCGCCAUCGUCAUGGGUCUCGCCUCCGACGACGCCUUCCGGCUCGACCAAGCUCUGUUUGUGGCAGCAUCCAGCAUGGCUACCGCCGCCGUCGCCAGCUUCCUACUGGGGACGGUGAUGGUUCUGGUGGUCGCGUAUUCUGGCCGCUGCCGCAUCAACCCGGACAAUGUGGCCACCUCAGUGGUGGACGCACUUGGUGACAUGACCACACUGGCCAUCCUGGCUGGGUUCUCUACACUCCUAUAUGGACACAUAGCACGGCCCUGGAUAGCCAGCGUGUUCGGCGCGGCCCUGGUGGUCGUGUGCCCCGCAUGGGUGUACCUGGCGCGCGGCCACCCGACCUCGAGGAAGGUGCUGGCCGUUGGCUGGUGGCCCAUCAUCGUCGCCAUGAUCAUCUCCAGCAUCGGUGGCUACAUCCUUGACCUUGCUGUCACCCACUUCAGCGGACUGGCCGUGUUUCAACCCGUCAUCAAUGGAGUCAACGGCAACCUGGCGGCCAUCCACGCCAGCCGGUUGUCGACGCUGUUCGCCAAGCGCUCCGAGCUCGGCUGGCAUCCGGAGGACGACAAGCGCCACUGCGUCGACCCGCUCACGGGACUCUGCGGACGCACUGACCGUUCUGCUGUACCUGGCCCGCUGUGGCGCCUACUGGAUGUGGCGGCGCAAGAUCGACCCGGACAACGCGCUCAUUCCGCUUCUCACGGGCUUCGGGGACCUGUGCGGCACCGGCUUGCUGCUGCUCGCGUUCCUCUUUCUCGAGAACAUCGAAGACCCCAGCGUCGCCGGAUUCGUCGGCCACCACGCAUCGCCGCUGGCCGCCAACGACACCAUCCUGGCCGCCAGCUGAACUCGUGUCGACGCGUCAGAGAAAAGUCGGCAGCGCUUCUUUCGUGGCACUCAAUCUGACGUUAUGGGACCCGAGCGAACACACAACCGUAGAUCGCUCGUCCCCGACAGUAGCUGCGCCGCCUGCCUAAACACGCACGCGAGAUGCUGCGCGAGGUGCUGAACGAGAUGGUGCCGCUGCUUCCGCACAGAGCCAGUUUCCGCGGCUUUCUGAAGAACAUUUCUCCAGAUUUCCAGCUUUUCUUUUUUUUUCAUAAGCUAACAAUGUGACGAGCUGAUUGAAAGGACGGGGGUUCGAGCAUUGUGAAUUUUUCAUGCACAAAAUAGUUUCAUGCUUGCUCAUAUCCGGCGAGACGGCCUGGCACACUCGACCGUGUCGUGGCGAGCUCUUUGUCUGAGGCAAAGCCAAGCACCACGGUUGUACAACUUGCUCAAAAAAACUUACACGCUU